UUUGAUGAAGGUGUAAACCACCGCUCCUUAAAAUCGACCACCUUAGUCCUCAAAAGAUAUCUAGGAGGUGUGUUUCAACGCAGCAUCAUCCUGAGGGAAGAACAAUUAUGUGAAGCCUAUUUAAAUUUUAGAUGCUUUAGUUAUGAGCGUAUGAUACCACCCGUUCGAUUUGUGUCUCGUAACCUCCUAAUGUUGUUCUUAGGUUCUCAGGGCAUUUUAAAUGAAGUAUGUGAUGAGUUUGUCGUGCUUGUUCAUUCAGACAUUCCUAUCAAUAGCCGUGGAUAAAUAAUUUAGAAGGAUAACUCAUCUGCUGGUUUUGAACCAUCUCGAUUUGCCUUUGAUGACUUUACUUGCGUGAGUCUCAAACCGCUUGUCCAAAAUUCCAAGAACAAAUAUGGCAAGAGAUGUGAAACCGCUUGCCGGUUAUUGAUAUUAAUGUUUUUUGUCUGCCUUUUAGAUGUAUAAUAUUGUCUAUACAUUUGUUCCAGCUUAGGUCAUCCUUGCAUAUUGUAACACCAAGAAGCAUUAUGCAGUCAUAUCCGUUUAAAAUACUAACAAACUAGUUUCAAAGUUUGAGUCAUGAGAGAAAAGCUAGUUAUUACGUAAAACCACCAACGUUAUCGGCCAACUUGGUCCUGAGUAUAAGAAUAGAAUGACCUUCCCUUUUGUAUAUUUCGCUUGUAUUUAAAAGGUAUGACGUACCUUACCUUUAAAUGAGAUUGGUAUCAGGAAUAAUCACUACAAAGAACAGAUUCUCUGUGCUUCCAAGUCCAUUGCUUUGUUCUACUACAGUGCACUCUUGCAAUUAUGCCGUUGCUUCACUACUUUUUUGUCGUAAUCUGCUUAUAUACCAUUAACCCAAUGGUCCAAGGAAACGCAUUGGAUAGACACGGUGAUGUAGAAAUUGGCGACAAUGGUAAACUAUCGUUACUUGACAGAAGGAAACGUAUGCCCGGUUGUGAUUUUAUAUGUCGAUGUUGGGAUGACGUGGAUAAUAGCAUUAUGGAUGAGCGCAUGCUACCAGAAAACUGUAUUAAUUUCAAUGAAGAAGUUCUAUGUUACAAGUUUAUUGAAUCUUCCGGUGAUAUUAAACUAGAUGCAGAAGAAUGCACACGUCAUAAUACUGACUAUGGGCUAGCAGAUGUAAAUAGCGCCCUCUUACUUGAUGGAAUUGCACAACUUGCAAGGUCAGACAGCAUUGCUGACAGAUAUUGGCUGCGCGUGGGAUCAUCUUUGCAGAACAUCCCACCGACAGGCCCAUGUUCUACUUAUAAAGAUGAUUCUACUCUUAAUGAUAAUGAAUGCACUUACCUUCAGAUUAAGAACGAUGAAUAUGAAGUCAGAAAACGCAUGUGCCGAGAUGCCUCAACCAAUGACGGAUUCAUAUGCCAAGGAAGGCUUGAGACAACACGAGACACACCAACGACAUCAUUGGACAAAAUAUUCACCGGAAGUGACGUCACAACUAAAGUAAAAAUGGCGUCACAGGCUACUUUUAAACAACAGCCAAAUGAUUCUAAAAUGCCGGAUGCUGUUAUACCAAUAUCAAUCGCUUUAGCCGUAGCUGUCGUUUGUAUUGCUGUCUUAGUAGUCAUCAUAAUGUUGAAAAGACGAACACCAGACGACAGUGGAUCUGGGACUAAUCCUCAAAAUGAACUUGAAAAACAAGAUCCAGUGAUAAACCAAGAAAACGAACAAGACUGUGCUGAUAGUUCAUCAAGCUUAAAUCAGUAUUCAAAGUAUGAAACUUCUUUACCGGGAGACUAUGCAUACCUCAGUGAUUAUGUGCUCAAGAAUCACGGCCCAGAUUAUUGUGUCGUAGAGGAUGACGUUUAUAAUGGGAAAUAUGAAUAUCCGAUGUUGCCAUUAUCUGUCGAGAAUUCGAACGCUGAAACUCUUUUAAAUGAUCCUUCUUAUGAUAGUCUUGGCCCCCAUUAUGACGUGUUAAACCGCGAAGAAGAGGGGGAACAAGCGCCAUCUGCUUAUGAUGAUUUAGAGAACGGAGCAGAAAUGCCCGAAUAUGAAUAUUCUUAUGCUUAUUAUACUGAUCUUAUAAAGUGAAGUGAAUAAUUGAUCAGAAUCAGUUAGUAUGUUUUUAUUAUUGUUAUUUGCACAUUACAUACAUUUUUCAUAAUUUAUUUUCGGAGAUCACAUCUUGUGUUGAAGACACUUAAAAUGAAUACUGGUGUUGUAUCAUCAUACUGUAUAGUGUGAAAUGAUUGCCUCAAAUGCGAUUCAGACUUCCAACAAAAGAUUCCAGUUGGUUGAGGUGUUUGCAUAGAAACCUUCUGGUAUAAAUUAAAUCCCAACCGCCUUCUCGCUUAUUGAACCAGAUAUCAGAACUUGAUUUAUAUAUAUAUUUUUUCGUUUCCUAUUUUUUCUUCAGUUCAUAAUAUUACAUAAAGUAUUUUCCCAUACCAUAUAAUUCAAGAUACUUUUGGUUUUAACACCAACAAAUAUAACUAAUUUCUUAUAACUAAACAAUAUGAAUAUUUAUUAGACGCUGGUUGGAACGGGACGCUUACCUUUGCUUCUGGUGUGGUGGAACAUGUCUUCUCGGAUAAGGAUUAUAAACCGUACUUCCAGUGUACACAAUUGACUCAUGUGCACUUUAAACAACAAAGUACUGGUCCGUAUAGCCCCUGUUGUGGACAGACUAGAGUAGCUGGUACCGCUUACCGGGUAGCUCAGACACAAACAGACCCUUAGGGGAGAAGAAAGUUACUGUAUUAGCUUGUCCACGCUUCGAACGCUUUGAGAGUGUGGUGUACAGCGCUGUAUAAAUUCAACUAUUCUUAUUGUUAUUCUUCUUCUUC